AGGAGGAGGAGGAGAGGAAAGAGAAACGGCUGCAAUCAGCUGGGGGAGAUGGAGAGGAACAGCAACAGGACUGUGGUGGUCACAGGGGAGUGCUGUCUACUGAGGCCUGGCUGAUGCCUAUCUCCUCCCAAUCUGGUAGAAACAGAGAAAGUGGACAGACUACUCACCAGCCACUGAACAUACAAUCAAUGAAAGACCCAAUGAAGUACACUGACACCACCACCUCACCUCCUCUCCUCUGGCUCAGGUUUGGCCCCUUUGGAGAACAUACUACCAAUGCAAGCUGGGUUGCUGUGCAGGAGUUGCAGAAGCUCGGGCUAGGCGAUGAAGUGGAUCUGUAUGUGUACGAGAUUCCAGUAGAAUACCAGAAGGUCCUGGAUUUGAUUCCUUCUCUCUGGAAACGUCAUAAUCCCCAGUUGUUCAUCCAUGUCGGAGUUUCGGGAAUGGCCACCACUGUGACACUGGAGAAAUGCGGGCACAACCAGGGCUAUAAAGGGCUGGAUAAUCGAUGUUACUGCCCGGACAAUCACUGCUGUGUCCAAGGAGGACCCGACUGCCUUGAGUCCAUCAUUGACAUGGAUGUUGUGUGUAACAAAAUCACUGACCCACAACUGGACGUGGUUAUUUCUGUGUCAAAGGAUGCAGGAAGAUACCUCUGUGAUUUUACCUACUAUACCUCUCUACACCUGAGCCAUGGAAAAUCAGCCUUCAUUCACGUCCCUCCUCUGGGGAAGCCAUACACGGCUGAGCAGCUGGGACGAGCUCUCCAAACCAUUAUCGGAGUAAUGUUGGGAGUGUUGGAACGUCCCAAUGCCAAGAUGAACUGCCAGAUGGGGCACUGAGCUCUUGGGAGUGGGCACUAGGGCGAGAAGAUCUGUCAUCAAAAUGAUUUUCUUCUUUCUAAACUGUUGUGGAGUGCAACCCUGAUCAUAGCUGCCAUUGUAAAAUUCACCUGUUCCGGUGUGGUAGGGGCAAUUGAGUGGGUCCGGAGCCUGCAUCUUGGUAACUGAAUUGUUUUUUGUUUGAGGGUAGGGGAAGCGCACGCACCAUAUUUAAAGCUCGGAUCCCCAAGGUGCUGAGACAGUGAGAACUCCAGAACACCUCCCUCUGGGCUAGUGUAAUGAGUGCACAUACACACUGUGAUACAUUUAAUUCUGUGUUCAAUUUUUAUAAUAUGUUUUCAAAUGAGACUUUUCUGAUUAAGUUGUUUUUAAUCUGAGCCAGGGACAGCAGCUAUAUUUUUUGAUCUUUUCGGGUUCUUUGGUAAAUCUGUCACUUUUUUUCUUUUUGUUCUCCUCCCUGUCUGUCUCGUUCACUCUGUCCUUUUGGUGUGCAUUUCUCUGUCACUUGUGCACUUGAUCUUUAUUUUGCAUGUGCUUUUUUUCUCUCUCUCACUGCUGUUGCACAUGCUGUCUUUAAAUCUCAAUGUUUCUCGCUUUUUCUUUUGCAUUCUAACACUCAUUCUCUUUCGCCUGCUCUCUUGUUAUUCCUUUUCUCUCUCUUGCUUUCUCUCUUUUGCACUCUCUCUCUUUCUCUUGCUGUCUUUAAAAAGUUCUGUUUCAGAAAUUUGAUGAUAGGUGUGUGGAGAAAAAAGACAGAUGGUCACAGAAACUCCACUUUGAACACUCUGCUGAACUUCACCCCAGAGGCUAAAAAGCCACAGCCCCUGAGGCUGAAUGCACUUAGGCACUUAGAUAUUAUCAUUACUCAAAGAGAACACAUGCUCCCAGCAUACGUAUGCAAUGUUUGCUUUGUACUUAGUCAGUUUUGACUGGAUUUUGUAUCUCUUUAGUAAGGUUUGGGCUAAACUAAUCAUAGCUUAGAUGGUUUUAACUAGGUUAAAGUAAUACAAGAAAUAUUAGUUAAUAGAAUAUUUUAGCUGUUUUGAGACCUUAAUUAUUUUGAUGGCCAUGGAUUUUAAGGCUGAGGUUGACAUCAAGCUCAUAACAAACCCUAGUUCCCUUCCCUCCCUCAUGUCCUUUACAAUUAUGCGCCCCCUCACCUGGGUCUCCCCUUGUGGCCAUAUUGGUGGGAGGUUCAGUAGGUUUAGGUUCAGUACUGUUUUGCCCUCUUUUGGCUUCCCACUAUUUCGGGAGCAGGUCUGUUCCUCAGAUUAAUCCAAGGAAAACUUUGCAAUUCACCACUUGCAGCAUGUUUGGUGAUGGGAUCUCCUAAGAGGGCAUUGCACUGCAGACCCCAUUCCCCAGGGAGCUGCAGCAUUCUGCAAGCUGUCCCCUGGUGAGCUGCCCCUUCUGAUCUUGAACAUGUCCACUAGAGUGAAUGCAUGUGUUCCACUGUGUCAAGUUUUAGGGCAAACGUGUGGUGUGAGUGAAACUGGAGAGUGCAUUUCUUCACAUAGCCUCCUCCAUCCUUGGGUUCUUCCUGAGCUUCAGUGGAACUUACUUGUGUCUAGAAAGAGAAAGACAGACCAGCCAUGAGGUAACCUUUUCUUUAAAAUAUUCUUUCACUAUCUCUACUGCAGUUCUUAUGCUAGAGGAAGCACCUGGCCCCUUAACCCCUGACGCACCAUGUCUGCAACCCACACCAACAUAGCUGAGAGCUGGAAUUCAGUGGAGGCUUGUGACUGCGAGCUGGCUUGUGCCUUGGCUGGUGCAUCCAGUGAUACUGGCCAAAUAUUUGUUUAUUAUUGUCUCCACACUGGAGUUUUCCUGUUGCUGGUUUGUGGCAUGAGGAUGUAUUUCACUUUGUAAUGAAACAAAAUAAUGAGUGACAUUAGUUUUUACCCAAAGUGCGAUAGACUUUUGGAACAACUUGUGGGGAAAGAGCAAAGUGAUAAGUGGGGGCGAGUUUUUUCAAAGAGCCAGCACAGGGUCAAUGGGCCAACCGGCCUCCUCUUCUAUACCAUUCAAUGAUUCUAUAAAGUCAUCAGGAAAAGCCAUUCAGCUGGACAUUAAAAGUGGAGGCUGGAGACAGUUUAAGUUUCUGAAGAGGGGAGUGAAGGAUAUGAUGGAAAGGAGGAUGGCUCGUUGGGUUAGUUUGAAACCCUGAUGGGUUAGUUGAUGCAUCAAUUCCUUUUCCAAUAAAUUUUCAUGGAACCUUGGAUAGAUGAGCCUUGAUAACUGGAGCUGGGAUUUUGAACCAUGGCUAUUGGAAGCAUAAUCCUGGUCUCUAAACCUAAUGUGCAGUGAAGUUGCCACACAGUCGUAGGAUUAAAAAGCCAGUUGGUCUUGUGUAGGUUUUGAUUGUAGCUGAGUGAUUUACAAGGUAAGUUUGAUGUACUAAACUUGUAAUACUAGACAAUGUAAAUACUGUGCUGUAGGAAUAUAUAUAUUGUUAAAGUGACUACAUUUAAACUUGGAAGCCUAUGUCUUGGAUUUUUGUAGUGCCUUUAAUAGAGUAAAACGUCCCAAGGUGCUUUGUGGGAGCUUUAUCAGACAAAAUGUGACAUUGAGCUGCACAAAGAGAUAUUAGCACAGGGAAAGCAGUAGGUUUUAAGGAGCAUCUUAAAGGAGGGAGAGGCAGAGUAGUUUCGGGAGGGAAUUCCAGAGUUUAAGUCUGAUGGAAUGGCUGUCAAUGGUGGGGCAUAGGAAUUUAGGGAUACACGAGGCCAGAAUUGGAAAAGUGCCCAGAUCUCUUGAGAGUUGUCUGGCUAAGGAGGUUAAAGAGAUGGGAGAAGGGUUUUAAAAUACUUUCAAAGCUGCUAGGGAGAUGGGAUUUCCCAGUUGUACACAGAAGCCUCUACCUUGGAAGUGCCAAGUGAUCUUUCCUGUUUUUUUUUAAAUCAGAUUUAAAAUGCAAGAGCUUUUUAAAAAUGAUUUUUAGUUUCAUUUAAUGAUUGUCUGUUUAUAACAACUUGUCUGUUCCAUUCUCCCUUGCCCCCCCCAGUCACCCUUGUGCUGUAGUGAGGUGCAUUCAUGUUCUGCAAAUUUCUUUAAUCUCUUGCAAACUUGGAAGCAGAAGAGAAAAAGGGAGGAAUGGAGCAUCACAUAAAGGGUUGUGAAGGCUGAUUGUUCUGUACCUGGAGAAGGAAAAAUAUUAACUCUGUAAUUUGCUUGUUUUGGAUCUUAAAUGAUUGCACUGCA